AUGUUUGACAUGACAAGUAGGAAGUAAACAAAAGUAAAUAAUUGAGUUGUAAAGUGUUUAUAUUUCACGGCCCUACAUCAAUAUAUUUCAUAAAAUAUAUUUUGUGUUAUUGUAAUAUUUAAAAUAAAACGGAACCUGUUAUUGCAUAAAUCAUUAUUGAACAACAUCGGCCGCUACAAUGGCAGAGAAAGAUUCCAAAGACACAAGCCGUGCCCAUAAAGUUUGCCGGCUUUGCCUGAGCGAGGAAUCGCUUGAAGACAUAUUCAAGGAGAGUAGUCUCCCAUUGUGUAUAUCGGAUUUUCUCUCGAUUGAGGUAUCGAUUAAGGACAAGUUGAGCCAUGCCAUCUGCGCUAUUUGCCGGAUACGAUUGACUGAAUUCCGCGACUUCCAAACCAGAUGCAAUGAAGUGCAAGAUGUGCUCCGUCAGAAAAUGGCUCAAAAUGAUGAUAAUGAUGCACGGGUACAAAAGCAUUCGUGUCGCACUUGCGGCAAGCAUUUCUCGACAAGACAACUUAUGGAGUGGCAUUUUGAAACUCAUAAACCCGAUAGGACCGAUGCACUACAAAAGUAUUCGAUCUCGGUACUCAAUGAGUACGCGACCCUUGAGGCAGCGCAGAAGGCGGCUGAGGAAUACCAUCUGAGUUUUCAAUACCAAUGUAAAGUGUGUCACAAGCUGUUCAAAUCGAAAAGGCAUUUAUGCAAUCACAUGACAAUCCAUAAACCGAAGAGGUUUGAUUGUAAAUAUUGCGAUAAAACUUUUGUAAGAAUCCAAAAUUUGAAGAAACACGUGACAUUUCAUACAAACGACGGUUUGCCACGGCAGGGGAAAGCAGAGCUGAUUGGGGAUCCACGGGCUUUGAGCGCGCCUCCAGCUGUGAAGACCAGCGCAAAGAGAGGUGCCAACGCUCAAGUUAAACGUAAAAAACCCAUUACCGGUUCGAGUCGGAAAGAAUCGUUAACAAUGAGCAAGGUUGAAACUUUGACAAAAACUUCAGUAAAUUCACAAACAGCAGAUGAAUUGAUCAGCAAACCGAAUCACAAGAAAGCGAAAAGAGAAACAUCCAUUGGUUCAGAGGAUUUGAUUGAAGUUGCAGAAGUGAAAAUUGAACUCCUCUCAGAUGACGAUACAUAAAUGGCAAGUAAAUGAAGCUAACACAUAGUAUUCAAGAUUGAAGAGUACUUCUACAACAAUAUGAAAGAAAAAAAAAAUCAUAAAUAAAAUACGUAAUGAACAUUGUUCUAAUCUAAUUUUUAAACAUAUUUGCAAAGUGAAAUUUCUUGUGAAUUCAACAAACUACUGCUACAAACUUCUACUGUAAAAUAAACACAAUAUGUCUAUUCGAAA